AUGUUCUCCAUGCUGCUCCUCCUCGGUCUGUGCUCCAGCCCGGGUUUGCUCGGUUCUGUCUCGGCUUCUUCCCCCGCGGUGGAGGAGGCUUACAGCGCCGUGGUGAGCGUCGUGUCUCCCGGACAGCUCCAUCUGAGCCAGGCGUCCCUUGGCUCCCUCUUUAAUACACUGCAGAAGCGUGUGCAGUGUGGUGAAGUGCCGUGUGGAAAGUGUGACCUGGCAGGUGCCGUUCAUCAGCUCAUCGGCAGUCCCACGAAGGACGAAGACGCGAGGGUCGGAGGAACCGUGGUCGUCAGCGUGUCUCGGUUCCCUGCACUGGCAGCCGGCAGCGUCCUGUUCCUUUCCUCUCCUUCCCUGGUCUGCACCGCCAUACAGCAUUCAAAGUGGGCAGAGGAGACCGAGCAUUUCUUACACAAGUUCGCACACCAUGACCACCUUGAGCACAGAAUCGAGCCGCUCCAACACACGCAUGACUACAUGGAUGGACAUGGAUUAGAAGGUGUGCUUCAGGAGCUGCGCAGCCACUACGAGCCCUCAGACAACAAGAGCUGUGAGACAGCCAGCAGCAUCAUGAUGAAGAUCAGCUCCUCAUCAGCAGACCAGAGUCAGGAAGUGGGUGCAGUUUUGGGCUGGGUCCUGUAUCAUGCCUUGCUAGGACACUGCUUCAGUGAUCAGUUCCUGCCUGAGGAGAGCUUCUUCCUGGACUACAUCAUGCACCAGCUGGGUUCAGAAAAUUUCACUGUUCAAGAUUUGGAGGGUUUCAUGAGGAGUUUGAACCUCGGGCCAUUGGAAGAACACGAGCAUGAGCACGAGCCUCACAAACAUGUAGACCACCAUCGAAAGAGGAGGAGCAGCUAUGAACAUCAUGAAGGACAUGAAACAUGGGAACGUCACUGCUUCUCAGCUGAAGAACUGGUUCAGAUCUUCGGUCUGUCUGACGAAAGCUCUCCCUCUUCUCUGAUGAGCCGGUCUGAAAUGGCCCGGCUCAGUCCUGCGCUCGUCCAGCAGAUCCUAAGCGGAACCUGCUCAGACGUCACAGGAUCAGUGACCCCAGACGAGCUCUCCAAGACCGAAAGAUACCUGUAUGCGACCCUCGCCAAUGUGAUUAUAACACUGACGUCCAUGUUUGGCAUCGUGGUGCUGAUGUGCACCUCGUGCACCAACGUUUUCCAGUUGUGUAUCCAGUUUUGCAUUAGCAUGGCUGUGGGUUCGCUGACUGGUGACGCCCUGCUGCACUUGAUACCCAUAUUUCUAGGUUUACAUGUGCACUCACAUGACGACGACAGACACCAUCAUUCAAGACAAAAUAAUCAAGAAGGAACUCCAGAUUACACAUACAAGAUGCUGUCUGUGAUUGGUGGGAUAUAUGUAUUUUACCUGAUGGAAACCAUCUUUUCUAUGGUCGCACAAGAAAAGGAUCACCACCAUCACCACGGAGAUGAAUCCCAGCCCCAUCACUGUGACCAUGUUGGUGUUUUAGAGAUGUAUCAACAGGAGAAGAAACAGAAAGACAAGACACUGUCUGUGUCCAAAGCAGACCUGGUUGACAAUGAAGACAAAGAGCAGUUGGAGCACAAAAGGCGCACAAAAGAACAACGUCUGCUUCCAUACAUGAUAACUAUCGGUGACGGGAUCCACAAUUUUGCAGACGGAUUAGCGAUAGGUGCAGCUUUCUCCUUGUCGUGGAAGUCUGGUCUGGCCACAUCGUUGGCUGUUCUCUGUCACGAACUACCUCACGAACUCGGGGAUUUUGCCAUUCUGCUCCAUAGCGGCUUGUCUGUCCGUAAGGCGUUGCUUUUAAACCUGGGCAGUGCCUUGACCUCCUUUAUUGGCCUGUAUAUUGCUCUGUCUGUCGCUACGGAUUUUGCAACCCAACAGUGGAUUGCUGCUGUAGCUGCAGGACUCUUUUUAUAUGUGGGGCUGGCUGAUAUGCUACCUACAUUGACCCAUGUCAACAGCAAGAAUAAGUGGCUAAAAUUUGUCCUGCAGAAUGCUGGUAUUCUGACCGGGUGGAUUAUUCUUCUGUUGCUGUCACUUUUUGAAGAGAACAUCAGCUUUUAG